GGAGAGCGAAGGAACAAGCUGUCAACACUCGUGCGUUUCCCUCUAACUGGUCUGGACAUGGCACCGCAUGUAGUGAAGCGAAGCCAGAGCAUGAAGAACCUGAAUAUGGGGCCAUCACCACCUUCCUGGAAACAGCACUCAGGCCAACCACACCAAGCUGCUGACAUGAUGCUGCCUCAUGAAUUCCUGUAUGAUCUUUAUGCUGUGUGUAACCAUCACGGAGGAAUGCAUGGAGGACAUUAUACUGCUUACUGUAGGAAUUCAGUGGAUGGUCAGUGGUAUAGCUACGACGACAGCAGUGUAGACCUGGUGCAAGAUGAGGAAGUGUGCACAAGGGGUGCUUACAUCCUUUUCUACCAGAGGCGAAACACCAUUCCCCCAUGGUCAGCCAGCAGCUCCAUCAGAGGCUCCACAAGUUCAUCAGUGUCAGACCACUGGCUAAUCAGGCUGACGGGGGACAGUAAGAGAGGCAGUCUGGUGUCUCAUACAUCCACCACCUGUCCAUCUUCCUUACCUGACUCUCCAGAGUCUCCAGUCUUCCUGGACAACGGCUUCAAAGAUGAAAGAGGUGGAUUUGAGAAGAGGCCAUUUGUCAGAGGUCUUCAGGGGCGCAGCAUGAGCCUGAGAGCCCCCAGCAAAAACAAGGAUACCUUAAGCAGAGUGCUUCCAAUGCGCUGGUCCUUUGGUUCCAAGGACAGACGAAAACCUGACCCAGUCCCUCCCCCUGAACCUGAUCCAGCCCCUGUAGAACUAGUACAGUACUUGGAAUCUGGUCGGCGUCCCCGGUGCACAAAGGAUCCGAUAGCGACAUUAAUGAAUGAACCACGCAGCACAAAGGAAGCUGCAAAGAGCCGUGUUGCAGCAAAUGUUCGUUCGUCUAGCGUUGGAAGUAUUAGUUGUGUGGGUAAGACGGGGGAGGAGCCGCCAUUUCUAAAGGUCCCAGAGGGCCAGAAGUGGCCAUCAGAUAAAGCAGCUAGUCUGAGACGUAGCAAGGGGAGCCAGGCUAAGGAUGAGAGCACUGUGAAUAUCAAGAGCAGCUCCAGCACUAACACUCUAACUAGGAGGAAGGAUGGAAAAAAACAGAGCUCCUCCAAAUCUUCACAGGAUACUGAGACAAAACGGAGAUCCAGUACUGGAGUUCAGCCCAGCUACAGCACACCCAGUCUCCAAGAUGGAACUCUGAGAAGACAAAAGGGAGACAGGGCUGAUAGGGAACGCCACAGCACACAAGAAGAAAACUCUAAGAACAAGAAAGCAGACGUGCCUAAGAGCCAUGACGGAAUACUGUCCUUCUUUAAAGGUAGCUUCCUGAAGAAGGAUAAAGAUUCAAGGAAACCCACUGAGGAUGAGUCAGGGAGAGCAGUAGUUGAAGAAGAAAGCAGAAGGACCUUGUCGAGGCCGUCACUGUCCAAUGGAGCAGCAGGAGGCCGAACUGGAGAAGAAAGAGGCAAGUCCAAAAGCUCAGGCCAUGUGGUUAAUGAGCAGGUAAACGGUAAGGUGGGGCGCAAAGCAACUGAAAUCAAACGCUCCCAGAGCUCCACCAACAUCCCAACAAAAGCAGAGCAGAGCGUGCGUAGGACAGCAUCUUUGCACCGUAAUGGGAUGUCAACAACGCCAGCAUCAUCACGCAGUCUGACAAGCGACAAACCAUCUCAUGGCACCUUGCAGAGGACUCGUUACAGCACAACCUCACUGGGACGCAAAAAGACAGUCCCUGAGUCCAGCUUCUAACACAGAGACACAUAAAGCCUUUUUCCUGAAAGAAAGUGAAGGACAUUAAAUCUCCAAGAUCAAAGCAAUAGUGCUCCAUUCACAGUAAUACGCCUUUUUUGUUCCUGGAAAAUUAACAGAGUCAAGUAGUUUGCUCCAUGUAAGACACAGAAUAAAUGAAAGGUCCUCUAAUGCUCAAGAGGACAUUAAUGAGCAAAAUUAGGUGAUAUGACCUGUCCAUUAAAUAUGACAGAGAGUCCUUCUCCAUUCUAUUUCUACGACCCAAAUAAGUGCCUGAUCAGCCGAUAUGCAGUUUAGACAAAUUGGUUUGUGUCAGUUUAGAACUGAAAGAACGCAGCAGCACACCUACAAACAUACUGUACGAAUAUGUGUCUUAUUAAUGUAGUGUGAGCGUUGGAAGUCGCCACUCUGUGUCGAACUCUUACGGUUGCUGCUUAAAAUGAAGACACACUGAUU